AUGGGCAGCGCAUUUCUGCGUCACAGCAGUCACUCGGUUCACCACCGAUGUGCCGCGGGUGUGGCGACCGGCAAUACCAGCAGCGGCAGCAGCAGCAUUGCGAAGGGGGAGCUGAAGAAGCAGCCGUUUGCCCUCUGCACACCGAUGCGCACCCUCAUCGUGCCGCGGCAGCUGAAGGCCUACGGCGGCACCUUCAGCCAGUCCAUCGGCGAACGCACCGAUCACCUUGCGAGUCACCUCGUCCUGCAAAGCCUCUCCCCCUCCCGCGCGCAGCACUCCCCGCUCCUGGCGAAGCCGGUAAAGAUGAAAACCAUCGAUAACUUCGACGACAUGCUCGUUGACCCGGCGCUGCUGACGGCACUCGAGAAGAUGGGCGUCUCGACGCCGUCGCCGAUCCAGCAGACGGCGAUGGAGGCGGUUCUACAGCGCAAAAACACCGUCAUUGCCGCACCGCAUGGAGAAGGCAAAACGCUCGCCUUUCUGCUGCCGCUCUACCAGAACAUGAUGAAGGACCGCGACGUGUACAAAAUUGCUCUGCGGGAGCGCCGCCCACGGAUGAUUCUGCUCGCCCCGACGAAGGAGCUGGUGGAGCAGCUGCAGUCGGUGUGUGCGACGCUGGACAGCGCCACCGGCCUCACCUCUGCGUGCUUCACCUCACGCAAGCGCUCCAAGUACCACCUCUCUCGUAUGCUGAAGUCCACGCUGGCGGACGUGCUUGUUAUGGACCCCAAACUCAUUCUGCGUCUUCUCCGCACCCGGCGUCUCUUCAUUGAGGACCUUCGCUACUUCGCCAUCGACGAGGCAGACGCGAUGCUCAGCCCCUUGCACGACCACGAGGCCGUUCACCUGCUCAUGAAGAUCCAGAAGCGCAACCAGUUCAAGUACCUGUGGCCGGUGCAGACCCAGUACGUCUUCAGCACCGCCUACAUGACGCGUAAACUAGAGUACAUUGUGGGCAACAAAAUAGCGGACCCGGUCACCUGCAUGUUCCGUCAGCAGAUGCAUCGCCCGCCGGCCCGUCUGCGGCACCGCUUUUACCCAAUCCGCCGCGAGCCGGAGAAGUUCACUGUGCUGCUGCACCUGCUGCGGAAGAACGGCCACGUCUCGGUGCGGGUGGACACGGACACGGCGGUGACCGACGUACACACAGCGCCGCGCAAGCUCUCGGGGACUCUGGCGGAGUGGCAUGAAGCGAUGGCGCGGGACGACCAGCGGCGGCACUACCGCCAGCGUCGAUACGAACAGCGCGAAGACGAUACUCGAAAAGGAAAGGAAGAGGAAGAAGAGGCGGUGUGGGAGGCUAACACGACAGAGCUUGACGAAGUGGCGCCCGACGCAGGAGUGGACGGCACAUCCGCUUUGGGGGCAACAGAGAUGGAGAAGCGCACCUCACCCCUCACGACGGCGGCUGCAGCGCCGAGCGACGUGCGUCGUCACCGGAGCAACGAUGAGGAGGGGAAGAGGGACGACGCCGAGGAUUACGUCCACGACUCCUUCGCACGCUACUCCCUCGAGCGGGUCCGCCCCCUCCAUUGGGAGCACCUCACCACCGUCGCGGCGCCCUUCACCUGCCCCAUCCCACGCACCGUCUUCGCGGAGGGGCGUCGCACUAUCAUAUUCUUCCGCAACAUCGACGCCACCACCGCCGUUUUCCAUCAACUGCGCGGCGAGGGCUUUGCCGUGUCGCUUCUGCACGCCUCGCUGCCCUACAAGGUUCGGAAGGACAUGUACGCGGACUUCGCAUCGGGGCGGACGGGCAUUCUAUGUGCCACGGACGUCGCCGCGCGUGGACUCGACGUGCACGUGGACCUUGUCAUCAACUUUGACGUGCCGACCAACGCGCUGACGUACCUGAGUCGUGUCGGGCGGGCCGCCCGCAUGGGUCGUGAGGGGCUCGUGUGUAACCUCUACAACAAGCACCAAGGCGUCAUCGUCUCCGCGAUGAAGGCCUUCCUGAAGGACAACAUUCCCAUGGAAGGGCUCAGCAACAACAAAUCGGACAUGAUGCGCCCGCGCUACGCGGAGUGGCGCACACACAAGAUGAACUCCCUGACCCGCUCCUACGUCUCCCUCAUCACACGCAAGACGAUCCCGGCGCACCUAGAGCGCACCUACAUCCAUCACAACGCGACCUGGCGGCCCAUCUUCCACCCGCAGACGGCGGGCAUGCACGGUGGUGUGGCGCCACGGCAGCAGCAGAAGCUGAUGGACCGCGUCAUGGAACAGGCCGUGAUCUUCCGUCGCGGUCAGCUCGCCCGCCGGAAGGGCGGACGGGCGAAGUUCGGCUCGCGCUCGAUGAAGAGCGGGGUGUGGAACGACAUCGGUGGAGUGGCGUCGCGGGAGGUGGCGAAUGAGGCGCAGAGUGCGAGCCCGGCCGGGCCGAACUUUGGCCCCCCGAGCGGCCCGCCGCAGUGA